GUAUAAAAGCAAUUGAUUUAUUGAAAUAAAUACAUUAUUAAGUACUCAUGAUUUGACUCUGAUACAUCGACGACACAUACGUCCAAGAAUACUGGAAAGAACAGAAGAUCGAAAACUUGGAUGAGAAGGACAACUAAAAGAAAGGAACGCCACAACAAACCAGUUGUCAGGCUACAAAUGGGCUCAAGGAGAAAAUCUUAUUCUGGGGUGUUAGGACGGCCUUUGAGAAGCAUGACGGAGCCUCCAGCAGUCCUAAAUGAGCUAAAGAGUUUACACCCAAUCAGAACCUGAUGGAGUUGCCUAGAAUAUCAACGUGGCAUGCUGUGAUUAGACGCUAGCAUAACGUGCUUCCUUGCGAAUUUGCUGAAUUAUAAUUAUGAUAGACGAAGCUUAUACUGUUUGUUACAAAAUUCUGUUGUCAAUCUCCCAUAACUCUCUUUGGCUUUGGAUUCAGUGUGUGAAGGAGGAGAUUUUCGAUGAUUUUCAAAAUCAACAAGCAGAAUGCAAAUUGACAAAUGAUAUAAUGUGACCAACUGAUAGUUGUUCACGAGAUCGCAUUAUUGACUUGAAUAUUCCGAAGAGUUAAAAUCAUAAAAGACCACUAGCGAAAAUAGCCGUUAUAAGUGGCUGUAGGAAAUUAGCAUUAAAUGUCAAAAGAAGACAGUAAUCUACGUGUAGAUGAUAAGAAAACUACAAAUACUACAAAACCGUCUCGUAAAAAAUCACCUAAUUGUUGUGGAGAGUAUGGGCAUGCUGUAGCUAAUGGUCUAUUUCGAAAGAAACAUUUCAAAGAGAUAUUUCAUAAUGAUCUUAGUAAAACUUUAACAACUCUGAGUUUGAUUUUUUAUGGCUUAGCAUGUAUGCUGGACGGAGGCAUCUAUGUAUCUACUGGUUCUGUAAUAAGCACACAAACUGGACCGAGUGCUUUUCUCGCUUACAUUAUCGCUACUUUUGUAGCAAUAUUAAAUUCUUUGAUAUAUUCAGAAUUGGCAUGUCAUGUUCCAAAAGAUGUUUCAUGUCACGGACAUGCAUACAGCAUUCUAGGUGAACUUCCAGCAUUCGUAACUGCAUGGUCAACGUUUGUCGAUUACAUACUAAGUGUAUCGCUAGUUGCACGUAGUUGGAGCAAUAUAAUUGACACAUUUACAGGAAACAGAACAAGUUCGUGGAUAAUCACCACAAUUGGAAGACUAUCAUCUCCAAACGGACUGUUGUCAGAAUAUCCUGAUUUCCUCAGUACGAUAGUGAUUCUUAUUUUAGGCAUAUCUUGUUGCUUUGGACUACGUAAAAAUUUAGUCUUGACCGUGAUCUCAAGUGCCGUUAAUGUUGGGGCAUUACUGAUAGCUACUAUUUAUAUGUUUAUCUAUGCUAAAAGAAACCAUUAUUCCAUCAUAUAUCCUGGAAUUACCACAAAUAUUAAAGAUUUUCUACCAUAUGGGAUCCUCGGUUUGAUAGGUGCAACAACAAUUAGUUUCAAUGCUUUCCUUAGAUCCAGUUCACCAUUAUCACGUGCACAAGAAGUUAAACGUCCUACUUAUAGCUUACCUGUAGCCAGUGUAACCAGCAUACUCAUCGUGGGACUCGUCACUACAUUAUCUGCAUUAGCACUGACAUUAUAUUAUCCAUGGUUUUAUAUCGACGCAGAAAAUGCAUUUUUAAAUGCAUUGAAAGAUAAUAAAGAAUCUACUGCUUCACAAUUCGGAAGAAUAUUCAUGUUUUGUUUAGUUGGCAGUGGGUUUGUACUUGGAUUACUUACCAGUUUGUUAUCACCAAUGUUGGCCAGUAUUAAUAUUUGUUUAUCUAUGGCCCGUGAUGGUUUUAUUCCAUGCAUAUUUUCCCGUGUUUGUCGACCGUUCAAGAGACCACUAAUGACAAUAAUAUUCAUUAUAAUUUUCACAUGUUUGUUCAGUACAAUAUUUACUGUACAAAGUUUGGCAAGUUUUUUAAGUUUAGGUACAAUAAUUGCCUAUUGUAUUAAUGCUAUCAGUGUUUUAUGUGUACGUUAUCGAUCACAGACAUAUAAUCAUGAAGAUAUAAAUGAAUAUAAUAAUGAUGUGAAACGUUUUGAAAAUUACCAGAAUACAUAUUACAGUAAACGAGUUGGCGAACCAGGAUAUAUAAAAUCGAAAAUUGGUUUUCGUUUAUCUGAUCGUAUGUUAAAAUUUAUCAAUUCUGGUGUUCCUGGUAGUAUGGUUGUUUAUUUGAUAUCUGUUUAUGUAAUAUUGAGUAUUGCAUUGAUUGGGUGUUUAACCUUUGGAGUAACUGGUAGAAUAGCAACAUUUAUGAAGAUCAUUGCUAUUGUACUUAUUAUUAUACUACUCAUAUUGACUAUCAUUUUCAUCAGUUUUAUUGAACAGUUCAAAUUAAAUGAUGCUAAUUUAUAUCGAAUUCCAUUGGUUCCAUGGCUUCCUUGUUUGACAUUAACGUUAAAUCUACUACUUCUUUCUCAGAUUUCAUGGUUUAGUUGGGUUCGUUAUGGUAUUUGGAUGUUAUUCGGUUUAUUAAUAUAUUUCUCAUAUGGUAUUAAAAAUACUAAUCGUAUAUCUGAAGAAAAUGAAACGGUUAUAUCAUCAAAUUGUCUUAGUGAUAUAGAAUAUGAAAAGAAAUCAUCUAAAAGUAAUACAUCAACAGAUGAAUCAAUAGAAUAUGUUGAUCCAAUCAGAUUUUAAUCAAAUGACUUUAAAAAAUUAAUUGACAUAUGAAGUGAAAAUUAAAAAGAAAAACAAAAUUUUUUUAAUAAUUUUUUUUUACAUCAUAUGACUGAUUGUUGUUGAUUGAAAAGAGAAAAAAAAAGAGACAGAGAGAAAUAAUUUUUUCUUUACAUACACAUCGUUCUCUUAUUCAUUAUGAAGAGAGAACAAGAAUAAAGAUUCUAACAGAAUAAUAUAGAUUCAUUUUAUCUCAUUCAUUUAUCUCAAUAGACUUUUGAUAUGUAACAUUUUAUAUUGAAAUAAUUAUAAACAAUAUCAUCCAUCA